GGCCUGCCCAGAAACGGCAGUCGUAGAAGCUGCAAAUCUCCAAGUCCGCUGUGUGACCUUGGGCAAGAGAAAGGAACUAUGGACCUAGACAGUUUAUCUUCACCUUCUGUUCUUCAAGCCCUCUCUAAGCUGCUCACUCCACAGGGAGAGGAGGACGAGGAUGACAAUGAACCAGCGUUGUCUUCUUCAUCGGCUCUUGGAGCCUUGAGUCCUGGAAAUAUUGGACCACCAAAGAAAGAGGAAUCCACCGUUACCCCUCAAACCCAGACUGAAAAUAGAAAAGCCAUCUGGGAUGUAGAGGAAAUGCCAGAAGGAUCAGAGUUUGAUGACAUGUGGGACCCCAGGGAGCAGCCAGAGUAUGAGAUUAUCUUCAAACAGCAGGUGGGAGCAGAGGAUGUAUUCCUGGGAAUGACCAGAAAGGAUCCCUCCACAGCCUGUUGUGAGGACCUGCUGAUUAAAAUCAAGCUACCAGGUGCAAAGUCCUCUGACAUCACACUUGACAUCAAGGAAAAGGUUCUUGACCUUCGAACCCCAAAACAGAAGUUGCUAUUGCACCUCCCCCAUCCUGUGGACAGCCAGAAUGGAAAAGCUCGUUUCAUCUCAGAAAAGCAGAUCCUGGAAGUCACCUUAACUAUGAAGAGAGAGUUGGAUUUCAUUAACUUCUUCUGAAAGUGUUUUGCGGGGAUGGGGUGGGGCAGGGAGGGAGAGGGAAUAGCAAUUAAGAGGAAGAAUCAACAAAGUUCAAUCAACAUUUCUCCAAUUAGUACAAUUUUCCCAUUGGUAGUUUGAGAUGGUUGGAAUGCUCCCAUUGCAAUUCUGGGAUCUGCAAGGUGGUUCGUAAUGACAGAUCAUCUGUUAGAACAUGCCAAUACCCAUAUUUGACUAGAACAAGAAUUUGGAGUUGUAGACAGGCCCUAUAUAUGCAAUGCCUAUCAUUAGUCAAAUAACUGGAAUAUAAAAAUGUAUUUUUCUUAUGUGCCCAAUAAUUACUAACAGCACCUCUAUUGAAACCUGCAGAAUAUUGUGACAAAUGAAAUACUUGGUUUCCAAAAGCAGUUUCGAGACACACAUGGUGUACUUACAAAUUGUACGUUAUCUCCUUUACUUCCAAACUUGCUUCUUAAUUGAAAAUAUAUAUUUUUUGAGACUCAAGUUACUGUCUCCUCCCAGUUCUGCUGCUGUAAUAUAUAAUCUCCAUGCAAAGCAAGUGAAAGUGCAUUCCCAGGUUCUUCAUUUUCCCAAGAAGCAAUAAAGGAAAA